CCGAAUCAUCUGUCCUGCCCGGACUGCUGGAAGCGGCCGCAACGCCAUGUUGGCGAAGUCUCUCAUCUCUGUGAGGAAAAAAUGAUAGAAAACACACUUGCCGAGAAGAAAAGGUAGAUCGCCGAGGGAGGUCGAAGAUCGCGGCGAUUAUUUCGUUUUUGAGAGAAACGAACCGGGCCGGAUCCGCAGAGGUUCCGGACGGGCGAGGGAGGCUAAACCUCCCACCGUCCCCAUGAAUAGCACCGCUGAUCCGAACAGCGACUUUCCAUGAAAAAAAGACAUUUGUGUUGCUAUUCGAGCUUCGUUAUCCCAGUUCGUUAAAGGGAUUUGGGGCCUGCUUCAAGAAUCUGCUACGCUUGCUCAAUGCAUGCAAGCUAGGCACUGCUCGUCUCAGUAUUUAUUAAGGUAUUGUUUUAUUUGUUGAUUUUUGUUGCGAUGAGUUUGCCACCGAAAGUGGUCCCCAAACCCGCCGCUGUCGCAGUUAGCGGACCUGGAAGUGGCCCCUCUCCGUCGAGCCAACUGCGGGCUACCCUGACCUCCGUGUCUCUGCCGCCGGGAGCCCCGACAGCCCCACAGCCGGGCGCCGUGCCGCCGCCUCAAAUCCCCAGGGUUCAGCCCUCACUGGACGACCGAAUCUUUCCCACACAGCCUGGAGUCGCUGCAGUCUACAGCGUAUCCAGGCACGCUGGCCCUACCUACACCGCUCACGACAUUACAAAGGGACACCCUAACUUGGCCGGCACCCCGCCCGGUCAUGCCCACUCCCCGGCGCUCUCUCAGGUAUCAGUACCCGCAGCUUCCCCAUAUCGCUACCCUAAGGGCUGGGAGGCAGGCGGAGGGUCUCCAUACAACCCUGGGCAAAAUGCUGGCUCCGCUCCUUUAGUGUAUUCUCCCCAGACACAGCCAAUGAAUGCACAGCCACAGAGUCGCCCGAAGCUGAUUGUGGGUGGUGGUGGUAUCGCUGAUGGCUUACUGGACAUGAGUCUGCUCUAUUUUGCUACGGGCCCUCGACCAACCCACCAUCAGGGAGGAUUCAGGCCCAUCCAGUUUUUUCAGCGGACUCAAAUGCAGACCGCGAGGCCCACCAUCCCGACCAACACGCCCUCCAUACGGCCUGGCUCGCAGACUCCCGCCGCCGCCGUCUACCCCACUAAUCAACCAAUCAUGAUGACCAUGGCACCCAUGCCUUUCCCUUCCCCACAGGCUGCACAGUACUACAUCCCACAGUAUCGCCACAGUACGCCCUAUGUGGGACCUCCUCAGCAGUACUCUGUACAGCCCCCGGGGUCUGGCACCUUCUAUCCUGGUCCAGGGCCAGGGGAGUACCCUGCCCCAUACCAUCCCCUCAGGUACCACCCACCUGUCUCACCCUCUGUCCCGGCUCCCGUCCCCACAGCUGGUCCACCCUACUACCCCGGACAGACUGUGUACCCCCCCUCACCCCCUAUCAUAGUGCCUACACCACAGCAACCUCCACCAGCCAAGCGUGAGAAAAAACCAAUCCGUAUCCGCGACCCCAAUCAGGGUGGCAGGGAUAUCACAGAGGAGAUCAUGGCAGGAGGUUCAGGGAGCAGGAAUUCAACACCUCCGGUCGGCCCCCCCUCCUCGACCCCGACCCCACCACAGUUUUUAUGGCCGCACCCUCAUUAUCCUCACAUUUUCUACCUCAAAUCGCAGCAGCAGCAGCAGCUGAGCAGCAGCCAGACUCCAGAGCAGCAGUCGCAGCCUCAGCCUCCUCAGCAACAGCAAGCCCAUCCCGGAAGCUACACGUUGGAGCCGCCGCAGCAGCCGCAGCAGCUACAGCCCCAGCAGCCUCAGCAGCCAUUGACAACUGGGGCUUCAGACACCAAACCAGGGCCAGAUGAAACGCCAAAAUUGGAGCCAGUUGUCCAGAAGUCUUCCUCACCCGUGCUGGUGCAGCCCGAAGCCCCUUCGGAGAGACCGGAGGCCAGCGCUCCUGCAUCUGAGCCUUCUCCUCCUCUCGAACCGGAGCUUCUCUUCCCCGUCUCGUUGGCCGCGCCCGCCUCUCUCCCGCUCGCCGUGGCCAACGCCAGUGAUCGCCCCUCAGCCAGGGAGCCUGCUGCUUCAGCCUCCUCUUCAGCCUCCUCCUCUGCCUCCUCUUCGGCCGGGGAGAGCAAACCCUCCCUGGCACCACCUCAGACACCCAACACAGACAAGCCUCUCUUGGACUCGCCGCGAACGUUAGCCGCCUCUCCGUCGGCGGCUCCCAAGGCCUUGAACGGCCUCGCAGAAUCCGAGCUGGAUGCCUCAACGCACGAGCCCUCCCUCCCGCCCCCAGCUGCACUCCAGCCCAAGGCCUCCACUCCUGCGUACAGAGAGGCCUCCACCUCCUCCUCCUCCUCCGAGAACCUGCCCUCUGACAUGAGGCCGGAGGUGCCGAUUGCUGCUGCGCUCUCCCCCAUGGCGCCCGUGGCUGUGGUUCCAGUCACCCUGACCUCAAGCCCCAUCCCGUCGCUGCCAGUCAUGCUCCCCCCCGGCCUUCCGCCUCUAGUGCAGGCCACGACAGAGGCCGAUGAGCCCAGCAAGUCCCUAGACACUAAAGACCUCAUUCCCAGAGGAGGGACAGAGGCACAGGGUGGCAUUACGGAGAGCAAAACCGAGUCUCCGCAACAAGCACUCAGUAGGAAGAGUCCCACUACAGUAAAUCAAACUGCUUCUGCUACACCAAAGACCUGGAGAAAACCAAAUGAAGGGGUCUCUGCUGGAGACGCAUCUCAAAAGGAAGAGGAGGAGGAGGUGGUGGAGGAUGAGUCCAAACCAGCCGAUCAGCCUGCUGGAGACCAGACCUCGCAGCCAGCCCCUCUGAGCGGCAGCCUGGCGCCCCUGCCCUCCGUCUUCAGCUCCACGCCCGCUCCCGCUCCCGCGACCUGCCCGGAGGCCGAUGGGAAGCCCGCCGCUCCGGAGGAAAAUGGCGACGCGGAGCUGGAGCCAAUGAGGAACGGAGCCGGCCACGCCUCGGAGACGGAGAGCAGCGACAGCGGAGCGGCUCCCGGAGACAAGGAGAACUCCACAGGCGCCCCGCAGGAUAUGGAAGACCUGACUGAGCCCAGCGGGAAGCGUCAGUAUGACAGGGACUUCCUGUUAGGCUUCCAGUUCAUGCCCGCCUGCGUUCAGAAGCCCGAAGGGCUGCCGCCGAUCAGCGACGUGGUGCUGGACAAGAUGAACCAAAACAAGUUGCCGUCCCGGGUGGUGGACUCCAGGGUGAUAUCCAGAGGACCUGACUUCACACCCGCAUUCGCGGAUUUCGGGAGGCAGAUGACCGGAGGACGAGGCGCUGCGCUAAUGAAUAUUGGGGCUCGGCGGCCUCCGCCCAGGAAGAUCAUCAUGAACGUGUCGGUAAACGAUGAUGUUCAGCUGAAAAAAUCGGAGAAUGCUUGGAAGCCCGGCCUGAAGAGGGAGGGUCCUUCAGAGGACCCCGAAGUGCAGAAAACACAGGACCUCUUCAGGAAGGUACGGAGCAUCCUGAACAAGCUGACCCCUCAGAAGUUCAACCAGCUGAUGAAGCAGGUGACAGACCUGACCAUCGACACCGAGGAGAGGCUCAAAGGGGUCAUCGACCUGGUCUUUGAGAAGGCGAUCGACGAGCCCAGCUUCUCCGUGGCCUAUGGAAACAUGUGCCGCUGCCUUGCCACCCUGAAGGUGCAGAUGACGGACAAACCCAACAACACCGUCAACUUCCGCAAGCUGCUGCUAAACCGCUGCCAGAAGGAGUUCGAGAAGGACAAAGUGGACGAUGUGGUGUUCGAGAGGAAGCAGAAGGAGCUGGACUCUGCUGCAUCGUCGACGGAGCGCGAGCGGCUCCAGGAGGAGCUGGAAGAAGCCAAGGACAAGGCCCGACGGCGCUCCAUCGGCAACAUCAAGUUCAUCGGCGAGCUCUUCAAACUGAAGAUGUUGACGGAGGCCAUCAUGCACGACUGUGUGGUGAAGCUGCUGAAGAACCACGACGAGGAGUCACUGGAGUGUUUAUGCAGGCUGCUCACCACCAUCGGCAAGGACCUGGACUUUGAGAAGGCCAAGCCUCGAAUGGAUCAAUAUUUCAACCAGAUGGAAAAAAUCGUCAAGGAGCGCAAGACGUCGUCUCGGAUACGGUUUAUGUUGCAGGACGUCAUCGACUUGAGAUUGCACAACUGGGUCUCUCGGAGAGCCGACCAGGGCCCCAAAACCAUCGAGCAGAUCCACAAGGAGGCCAAGAUUGAAGAGCAGGAAGAGCAGAGGAAAGUGCACCAGCAGCUGCUCUCCAAGGACAGCAAGAGACGGACAGAUCCCCGGGAGCAGAGAGAGCAGCGCGUGCAGAGAGAAGAGACCUGGAACACUGUGCCUAUGACCAAGAACAGCAGGACCAUCGACCCCAGCAAGAUCCCAAAGAUCUCCAAGCCUCAGAUGGAUGAGAAGAUCCAGCUGGGCCCGCGGGCUCAGGUCACAUGGGUGAAGGGCAGCAGCGGAGGGGCGAAAGCCAGCGACUCGGAACUGUCCCGGACAGCUGGCCUGAACCGAUACUCCGCGCUGCAGUCCACGCCUGUGCCUCAACCCUCCACCACGCCUCCACAGAACCCAGACUACGACUCCAGGAGAACUCUGGGAAGCAGUCGGAGCAGUGCGGGCAGAGAACGCAGCGAGAAGCCUCUGAUCUCCGCCCCGCCGCCCUCACGGCCCUCCCCGUUCGUUCGGGGAGGCAGUUCAAAGGAGCUGCUGGAUAGUCAAAGCCCGGAGGAGCUGCGGAGGGAGCGGGAGGGAGCCGAGCCGCGGAGACCAAGUGUCACCGAAGACAAACCGGAGAUGGAGCGCAGCAGAGUCAGGGAGCCUGUGAAAGCUGAGCCAGCGGCCCCGACACCAGACAAACCUGCUCUGUCUGAAGAGGAAAUUGAGAGGAAGUCCAAGUCCAUUAUUGACGAAUUCCUGCACAUAAACGAUUACAAGGAAGCCAUCCAGUGUGUGGACGAGCUGGACUUGGGCCCCCAGCUGAACAUCUUUGUGCGCGUCGGGGUCGAGUCGACCCUGGAGCGCAGUCAAAUCACCCGGGACCACAUGGGCCAGCUCCUGUUCCAGCUGGUGCAGCAAGGGAUCCUGCCCAAAGCGCAGUUCUACAAAGGGUUUGCAGACACGCUGGAGCAAGCAGACGACAUGGCCAUCGACAUUCCCCACAUCUGGCUGUACCUGGCCGAGCUGCUCAGCCCCGUGCUGAAGGAGGGGGGCUUCUCUAUGAGAGAGCUCUUUAGUGAAUUAAGCAAACCUUUGCUUCCUGUGGGAAGAGCUGGGAUCUUAAUUUCUCAAAUACUGCACAUACUAUGCAAACACAUGAGCCAUAGGACCGUGGGUUCUUUAUGGACGGAAUCUGGCCUCAACUGGACUGAUGUUCUACCAGAGGGAGAGGAUGUCCAGUCCUUCAUCUCACAACAGAAACUCCAGUUCGUUCAACUGGACAGCUCCAGCCCCGAGGCGGCUCUGUCUAAAAAGAUCUUAUCUCCCGAGGAGCUGAGCCAGCAGCUGGAGAGACUCCUCCUGGAGGACAUGGCCAGUGACGAGCAGAUCUUCGACUGGGUCGAGGCAAACCUAGAUGAAUCUCAGAUGAGCUCGUCCCCCUUCCUGAGGGCUCUGAUGACAGCUGUGUGUAAGGCAGCAGUGAAAGACGAUAACGCCAGCUGUCGAGUGGACACGGCCAUCAUCCAGAGGAGAUUGCCUGUAUUACUCAAGUACCUUAACUCAGACACUGAGCGACAGCUGCAAGCACUUUAUGCACUUCAGGCGCUGAUCGUUACCCUCGAUCAGCCUCCAAACCUCCUCCGGAUGUUCUUUGACUGUCUGUACGACGAGGACGUGAUCUCGGAGGACGCUUUCUACAAGUGGGAGACGAGCAAAGACCCCGCCGAGCAGCUGGGGAAAGGCGUGGCCCUCAAGUCCGUCACGGCCUUCUUCACCUGGCUGCGGGAGGCCGAGGAGGAGUCGGAGGACAAUUGACGAGGGAGACGAGGCGUAGUAGAACUGCAUCCUGACGGCAGAGCAAACUUUCAAAAUGGAUGCUUGGGCAGGACGACAUGUUUACUGCUGGAAUUUUUUUCUUCGGUACGGUUCUAAAACAUGCCGCCAUUUUGAGUUUGGAUUCCAACGGCGGAAGCACUAAAUACCUGUAUUAUAUAUAGAAAAUAUUUUUGUUUUAAAUUUUAACUUACUUUUCUUUUGUUACUUUUUAAGAAGAGACUUAAAAAAUACAUAGGUUCUGGACUCUUUAAUUUAUUAUUUUUUUAAGGACUGCAUAUACAAAAGUUAUUUAACAUUUGCAGAUGUUCACAAUGAGAACAUGACGACAGAAAUAACAAUAUAAUUAAUUAUAAUAACAAAAUAAUAAUUGUGAAAUAAAUAGCCGCCCCAGAAUCCACACUGUUUGAUUUACAACAGGGUAAAACAAAAAUUAUUUUGGGAUGAAGGGGGGAGCAGAGAUAAAACAAAGACAAAAAAAAAAAAAAAAAGCAAGAGCGAAUGCACAGGAACUAUAAAUGUUGUCUGAGGUUCAGGUUAUCUUGUAAUAACCGCGAAGUGUUUCCCUCGGCCUCGGCUUGCCCUGCGUUGAUAUGUACAUACGCCUCGAUCGAGGCAGAGGUAUGCAUUUGAGAAGUGAUGCAAGCCAGACUGCAGAACUGUCGCACAAACGCAGACGAACAAAACGGAUACAUUCAGACAAAAUGAGCAAAACAACAAAAAAGAAAAAAAAAACCUGCAACUUUAAAAAGCAAAUGGCCAG